AUGACAAUAAUUCGAAGGCAUUUUCUCAAAUUACAAUUUUGUUUAGUCGUUAUGGCGGUCAUUCUGGGAAUUUAUUAUCCAAAAAUAUGCGAGCAAAUACGUUCGAUUAAUUUGGGAAAGAAAAACACAGACAAUGGGAAUUUGUCAGCUGGAAAUAAUAGUGACUUACUCCUUACUAAGGAGCAGUUAAAUGAGUUUAAUGGUGUAGGUGGACAGCCCAUAUAUUUAGGUCUCUUAGGACGAGUGUACGAUGUAACUCGGGAUGAAAAAUAUUAUGGACCAGGAUGCAAUUAUCAUUUUCUUGCUGGACGAGAUGCAUCCGUUGCGUUCAUAACAGCAGACUUUAAAAAUUAUGUAGAAGAUGAAGCGGAUAAUGUUCUAGCAUUAAAAUCUCCGGCAAUUUUGAGCCUAAUUAAUUGGGAAAAACAUUAUAAAAGCGAUUACAUCUACAAAGGUAAACUAAUUGGCAGAUUUUACGAUGAAUCUGGUCAUCCCACAAAAUAUGAAAAGAAAUUUAGAGCAAUGGCAGAGGAAGCCGAAUUCGAUAAAUAUAAUAAACAAAAACUAAGAGAUAAAUAUCCAGAUUGUAAUAUUAAAUGGUCAAUGGAGAAAGGAUCUCAUGUCUGGUGUUCUGGAUCGAGUGGCGGUAAACAGCGCAACUGGAUUGGUUAUCCACGCAAACUAUAUGAACUCGAUAAUGAAAAUUUUAGGUGUGCUUGCGUUAAAAAAGAAAAUCUAGACACCAAAGAAGUGGUAAUAAAACCUUACGACAAUUGUGAAAGUAAAUCCCAAGAAUGUUAUUAUAAUGUAAAUUAA